AGCUCCCUCUUCCCAGUUUCUCCUCGUUUCUGCUUCCUGACCCUCUGCUCUCCUUUAUACACCAUCCAUUGAAGUCGUGUGACUCUCAUACCUCCUCAUGUCUCUGAACGAAGUCUGGGUGGCAGCUUCUGCAAACCCUUUUACUCCUCCGGUUGCCAAAGAUAGCCAGUUCUUCGUCGGCUUCUCGCUACUAGUCGCUGCAUUCAUCCUCACGGGUCUCUUUGGACUUAAUCGGUCCUUUCUCAGCAUCGCUUCCUUCGGCGUCCCGGCAUCUUUGGCGUUUGGCUUCGGAGCCGUGUUCAUGAUCUGUGCCGUUGGGGUCUACUUGUUUCCCAGAUACCCAUGUACCAUACACUGGAGACCAACUCCAUCCAAGAUCAUGGCGGACGCGGACCCCAUUUUCACUGCUGUCUCCGGCAAUGCCUACCAUCUCUAUACCUUACUACAAUGCAUUAGCUUCGCAUCACGAGCUACCGUGCAAAUAACACCAGAUGGGAUCCGCUUCUCCGCGGAGGAGCUACGGGUCAUACAAGGUCUCGCUUUCCUCGAUAAAGCCCUCUUCACCAGUUACGCCUUCAACCCACCACCCGUGCCACACGAAAGGACAACGGACGACGACUCCGCUUCAGACUCCACCUACUACCCCUCCUUCGUGGUCUCGUUAUCCGCUCUACUGGAGACUCUGAAAAUCUUCGGCACCAACGACUCAUCCACCAGUACCAAUGUCAAACGAGCAUCCAGCGUUCAGCCAACACACCCAUCCGGAGCCAACGCCUUCUCAGCGCCUUCAUUGCUCCUGGACCGCUCCUGUACAAUCCGAUACAUGGGCGAAGGCUCCCCUCUCAGCAUCACUCUUUCAGAGACCGGCAUCAAAACCACCUGCGAAUUGACAACCUACGAAACCGAAGACAGCGAAAUCGACAUCCCACUCCAACGCGAUGCCAUCAUCAUGAAGAUCAUCAUGCGCUCCGCCUGGCUCCACAACGCCAUCACAGAACUAGCUGCUGCCAGUCCGACAGUGCUGAAGAUCUCCGCGUCCGCGACCCGCGAACCAUAUUUCGCGCUGACCGGCACUGGUGGAUCGUUCAGCGAGUCAUCUGUAGAAUUCUCCGUCGAAAACGGCCAGGAAGGUGAUGCUCGAGGCUCAACUGAUGAGGGGUCACGUGCGAAGAAAGCCAGACUUGCCCCUACGGUCACGGAGACGUUUCUUGUCAGUCCGCCGUCGUCGAUGGGAUCUCGCAUUAAGCAGAACUACAAGUUCGCGCUGAUUCAGAAAGCGGCUCGCGCUAUGGCAGUGGCUAAUAAAGUAAGCAUCCGCGGGGAUCGACAGGGAGUAUUGAGUUUGCAAUUCAUGAUCGAGUUUGAUGCCAAUGGGGGUAGCAGUGUGCGACCUCUGAAAGGAGGUCCUCCGCCUGUUGUGACGUUUGUGGAUUUCCGGUUUGUGCCGUUGCUUGAUGAUAACGAGGGUGAAGGUGAAGAUCUAGUGUGA